AUUGUCACAGGAAAGGAAGAAGUUUGAAUAUAUUUAUUGUAAUUGUAUGUGAUAGUCCACCACAGCACACAAUGUGGUGAAUACAAGCUUGAGACAAGACACUGCUGCCUCUUCCUCAUGUGCUCACUGAGCUCAGCCUCUUCUGUAGCAUUAUUUUACUAACUGCCCUGUGAAGAUAUUGCUGAAGAUUCAGGCUGCCACAUUUGACUACAGCAGCACUUUGCACUAAUACUACUGCCCAAAUCCUCUUACUUUACAGUUUUUUACAAUGUGAUAUAUUUUUCUUAGCGAAAAUGUGUGAAUUUUACAAACGUGGUCAUUGGGCAAUUAGAUAUAAAUACAUUUGUCAAAUAAAAGAUCGCCAACUAGCCGUGCUCUGAUCAGAUAAGUAAUUACCCUCUAGACUUCUUGAAUGAAAAAAUUGCUGAUCUUUACUAUUAGUAUCUAUGUUUUUUUAUUUCUUUGGCACUUUAUAAUUAUUCAUGUUUCAAAUGAAAAGCAUUAUUCAGUAAACCUGUCUUGUUUUAUUUGUGCAGUAUUGAUGCCUUCCAGCUGUCCAGCAACUGCGGAUGGUGAGAUGUCACAUCAAGGGUGCUUCCAUCGCUGUAACUCCUGUGACUAUGAGACUGACAAUGUGUCUAGUCUGAAAGCACACACCAGGGUCCAUGCAGGCAAGCGGUCAGUUGAAUGCCAUUUGUGCCGUCGUAGCUUCCCCUAUAGGUCCGACCUGAAGCGACACCUGCGUACCCACACAGGCGAGCGGCCAUUCCAGUGCCCUUUAUGCCCUCAAAGCUUCUCACAAAAGUGUCGGGGCGCUCGAGCCGUCCAGCAGCUACUGAGAACGAGAAGUCUCAGCAGGGACGCCUUCACCGUUGUCAUCUCUGUGACUAUGUGACUGAAAAGCUGUUUAAUCUAAAAGUACAUUACCGGAUCCACACAGGCGAGCGACCGUUUCAUUGCCACUUCUGCCCUCAGACCUUUUCACAAAGCCCCCACCUCAAGUCACACCUGCGUCUCCACACAGGCGAGCGACCGUUUCAAUGCAAGGUCUGCUUUCAGAGCUUCUCUGUAAGGUACAACCUCAAGUCACAUAUGCGCCUCCACACUGGCGAGCGACCAUAUCGCUGCACAAUCUGCCCCAAGGCCUUUGUGCAGCGCGGUCAGUGGAACAGACACAUGAGAGCACAUCAGCUCCAGGAUACCACCCAAUGGUCUACCACUGUCAGAGCGAGCGCCAUCGUAAUCACAACAUGGCGGCUAAACUCGUCUUGUUUAUGCGUUGUAUGGCGACGACGACGCGCUGCAUUCAAGCUUACGAAGGCUCAUUCAAAAGAUAAGUUGUUGUGCAUGCAGGCAGCAACAACAGAGGCGUGUAACGUGCCCUUGGCGCUCCGGAUACUUGCAUGCAUCGCAAGAUCAACUGGCAAGGUGGUUAGUCGUGACGUAGGCCGCCAUCUCGUUCGCAAUGGUUGCGGAGUUAGUGGACUGCACGCGUUAGGUCGUUCCAGCCGUUCAGCGACUGGCAGAGGUGGGAGGCCAAAGCAGGGGCCACGGCACCACCGCUGUCACCUCUGCAGUUACGUCACUGAAAAACUGGCACAUUUGAGAACGCACGAGCGCAUUCACACAGGCGAGAGGCCAUUUCGUUGCCACUUCUGCUCCCAAAGGUUUUCGCAAAACUCCCACCUCAAGUCGCACCUACGCCUCCACACGGGCGAGCGACCAUUCCCGUGCGCCUUCUGUUCCAUGUCCUUUACACAGCCCAGCCAACGUAACAGACACAUGAAAAGGCGUCACCCAGAUGCCACGCAGUGAAGUACAUUGCUCUAUUGUCAACAGGAUGGCAUCAUGGCCAUCUGGUAACCAUCAAGCACCAAGUGUCACUGCACAGGUGCCAUGACCCUUGUGACCAGUGUUAUUAUAUGACCCUCAGACUAUCAUCUCUCAUAGCAAACGGGGGGUGCAUACCCACACAGACGGGAGGCCAUUUUGGUGUUGCUUUUGCUCUUGGAGCUUUUCGCAGACGGCAGACCUCAAGUUGCACUUGUGCAUCCAGACGGACAAGUGACCAUUCCUCUGCCCAGUCUGCUGUAUCUCCUUUGUGUGGGCUGCUCGCCUGAACGAUUUUUGUGAGCACAUCACUCUGCUACCAUAGAGAAAGAGAACACCAAUUUUGUACGUGGAAGUGGUUCAUUAUUGAGGGAUAAAUGAAGUUCUGCUACAUAUGCAGUAUGCUGCAUAGCGCUCUGUUAUGUCGGGGAGUAGAAAUGUAACCAUGUACUAUAAUAUGUUUUAAUAAUAAAAUAAAUAAAGUUGCUCUUUAAAAUGGUGCAGCAAAACUAAAGAAGCUGUUGAGACACUUCUGUGGCCAGUUAAGGUUUUUCCACUGAUUUUCCAGUGCCUUAGUAUAGUGGGAGGGGCACACAUAUAGACAGCCAUGAUAUUACGCUUUAUUUGAACACUGAUAUAUUGAAAGGUGUAAGUGAAAGAAAAGCUUGCUAUGUCAAAAAUUGUUUAUACAGAAAUACUGCAAAGCAAGCCGUUGUUGCAAAUUCAGUCAUUUCCUGUAAUUUUUGGAGGUUGCGGCAAACAUAAGCUUACUGAAUGGUGCAUCUGAGGUUUCUAAAUUGCAAGGCUUUGUGAAAGGACAUGCUUCAUACCACGGCAUCGUGAGGAAAUGCACAGGUGCAAAGCACAGGUGCAAAGCACAAGUACCUGAUCUGCCAUCAUUACUAGACUUAACUGGCACUCUUUGCUGAAGCACUGCAACGGCAGCAAGAGAAGCAACCAUAAAAAAACAUCUCUUUCUUUCGGGGGUUGGGAUCUCUGGGGAUGCACUGCCAUGACUUGACGCACUUAGCAAGAAAAAGUCAGUGGCUUGCAGUUUCUGUUUCUUUAUUUUCUGCUUUUUUCUUCAUCAUUAUAACCAUUAAUAUAUAUUUUGUCCUGAUUUUUCUGAAUACCGGUAUCCUUUGGAAUUUUAUGCAUGCCUCUUGGCAUUGAUUUGUUCGGUUUUGAUUCUUCAUUUUUGUGUCUAGAGUGUUAAUAUUGCACGGCAGUGUAAUUUGUUUAUAGUUUCUAUGGAUCAGUAUACAGUGAGCUUUGCUGUAUGCUGUUCACUAUGUGCAGUGAAAUGUGUUGCAGCUAGUAUUCAGUGCAAGUAACCUUUUUAUCUGUCAUCAUAUGGUACGAAGUCUCAAGAACCUGAGUUUGCAAUAUAGAGUUUAUUUACAAUACUUAUACCAAAUAAUGCUGCCUUCUGUGACCUGCUAUUAAAGGCUGUGUUACAAAAACUCAUUAGUCAAAUUACACUUCAUUUCAAGCAGUCGAUCAAGAUAUCUGCUUGAAUUAAACUGACAGUUCAUGCUUACAGAAAGGGGCAAGAGACACAGAUAUAACUUCAGUAAUCUGCAUACAUUUUUGGAAGUGUUCCCACAGCAGCCAAGCGAAGCACAGUGUAUUUGCUUGACGGACGAUGGGAUACGACUUGUGUCGCAAGAUGUUGGUUUAUGGUCAACAAACAGUUGUGUUAGACUUAUUGGCAAAGGUAAUUCUCUACCAAACUGCAUAAUUAUUGUAUUCCUUUUCUUCUUGAAGACUAUGGCAUUUAAUGUAAAGUUAUAGGCACGAUUAUUUUACCACGUUAAUUGCCACACUCUGUACCUUGCUGCACCAAAGAUUGAGAGUGGCUGGGAAAGCUCACUUCUGGUACGUUAGAGUGUUUCCACUUUUAUCGCUGACAUUUCAAAAAAGAAAAAGUAUCUUAACGAUCCAACAGUGUCUUAGCAAGGUCAUCACACUGUCUGCAUUCAGUAAAUUCUAAAACAAAACUUUAAACCCCAAUUGAUUCUUCCAGUGUAUGGCCAGCGGGAAAACAAAAUCCCUGGAGAAUGGAGAAUCGAGGUAGGAAGUGGAUGGGGAGAAGAGUGUUCUUACAUUCCAUGAGCAAGGCACAGCUGGUUGUGUUGGCCUUUUCAAUGGCCUGUACCAUGUUAUUCAGUACAGUGCAUGUGUCAUGUAGUAGGAGUUCAAAAUAAACAGGCAGCGUUUUCAUUUUUUUAGUGGUAUCAGCAAGGGAACUUUUGCUCUGCUUGAUAAAAACAACUUAAUCAAAAUAUUCAGAUCCUGUAUAUGCAGGUUCGACUGUGCUCGCAGAAAUGAUAUCGAACCUUUCAGAGGGAGCUGUGCAAAUAUAUGAUUUCACAUUUUAAAGUUAUUGUAUCUUUGUGUUUACAGAAGAAUGGCUGACUUCAUAUUGCUAUUCUAAACUACCAAGUUCCUAACUCACAGUAUUGUACUAUAAUGUUGAUUAUACAAAGAUAUUAUACGGUGUUUGGACACUUGCUUGUGUCAGUGAUGCAUUGUGUUUCAGAGCUUUUGAAGCGGCUUGCCCUAUGAACCUCUUUAACUUCCUUUCCCCGGUGCUUUCCUUGGCUUCAUCUCUGUUAGCUUCAUGUUGUAACUAGCAGAGAAUGGAGCCCAUCCGUUCUCCUUAUUCUUGUCAUGCAAGGAUGCCAAAUACUUUAUUCAGUACUGUGGACUGAGAAAUGCAUUCUUGUUGCAACAUUAGAGUGAGAACAAAUUGGCAGCAGUGAGUUCAAAAUAAUUUUUGUAGAAGUUGUUAAAACAAAAAUGCAGGUUGCUGUAAAAUGCCAUAAUUCUUUUCCUAUGUGUUGGCUGUGCCUGUGUGCCAUUAAAUCAUGAGCAAAUACUGUAUUUACCUGAUUCUGACACAUCCCCAAAUUUAACGCAAACCCAAUUUUUGCAGGUUCAAUGUAAGAAAAUAAAGGUGCAUCUGAACGUAACAUGCUCCCCCAAUGUUUGCUAUCAGUAAAACGAGACAUGCAGAAGUUACCUUUCUUAAAGGGACACUAAGGCAUAUAUUAAGUAAAGCUAAAGUGAUAGAUUAGUGCUCGAGA